AAAGCUGAUCGCCCCAGUAGAAAUUAGUCAUUGCAACGUGUUUAGGAGUAAGAAGAGGCACAUCAGCAGCAGCAGCAGCAACCACCACAACAACCGCGAUCAUGCCGAGGCAAUCAACGCAGGAGUGGAUGCGGCUCUCUUUGCGCACUCCGGGCAUCCUGAUCUUCGGGAUGGUCAUGGCUCCCUGCGGCUGGGUGCUGGACUUGGUCGCGACCGUGGCCCCAAACUGGAGGACUCUGAGCAAUGUUAACACUCUUUCUUCCGAUAGGUUCAUUGAACAAGGAAUCUGGGAUAUUUGUAUUGCAUCCACAAUAAGCUCCGGUGCUCAGUGCGGCCAAACGGACACCCAGUACUUCAGUAACAAGAUCAUACAGCCCGCACAGGGUAUGAUGGUGGCCUCUCUCAUCGUGACUCUAAUCGGGUUGGCUGUUGCCAUCCCGGGGGUCCGCUGUUGGAAAGACAGGCCUAACUGGGUAGUUGCCGGUGUGGGUGGACUGCUGAUCUUUUGCUCAGGCGUCUUGACUAUCAUACCGAUCUCUUGGUACACCCACAGCCCCCCAAACAUCACAACGCCCAAUGUCAAUACAGCAUUGAUAACUACGCGAGUCGGCUACUGCAUCAUUCUGGGCUACAUCGGCGGGAUAUUUGAAGUCUUGGGCGGUUUCGUUAUGUUCAUCGGGAUCUGCCGCUGCUGCGGAGGGAAGAACCGAGGAGAGGUCCGGGUUGAAGAGGUCAUGCGUCACAGAGAACCGAAGAUCCCGGCCAGGCGCGUUGAAGUGCCGAAUCUCAGUCGGGCCAGGAGCGCUGCCAGCAACAGUAGCGUCCCGUACUCCAGGGACUCAAUGGAUGACGAUGUGUCCUUCCCACGGGCCAAGAGCCCCCCUGCCCGCUCAGUGAACACCGUCAACAGCAGACCCUUUGAUGCCGACCUGUGAGAAGCCAACAGUACCCUCCACAACUGACCAUCAACACAGGAAAAGAAAACUUUGAAAACUGGACUAAGAUGAAAAAUCUUUUAGCAGAUUACUGCAAUAACACAAACACAUCAGAACACACUUCUAGAGAUAUUUUAGGGCCAUAAAGGAAUUUUUCAGUGGUAAGAGAUCGAAUAACCUACUUUAGAUUCUCCAUUGCAGUGUUUCAUCGUUAAACGUUGAAGGAAAUGGAACAUAAAAGUUUGGUUAAUGUAUGUGUGACAUGGUCAUGGCUGCUUAUUAAUGUGACUGUGGGUGGACCAGACCCCCUGAUUGUAAUUGUAAAAUGUAAAUUAUCAUUGUAAUAGAUUAUAGUUAAGUGGUGUCCAGUGUAUAUAGUCCAGUGUAUAAUGGAUAAUAUAAAAAUGGAAGGAGCCAGCCUGGAAUGGAGGGCUCUAGAGUAUUAAAAAAGAAAAGUAAAUAACAUUAAAAUUGAUUCAUGGAGAAAAAAAUAUAUUUCUUGAUGAUAAUCUGUGUAAAUUCUAAAUAUGAUUCUACGUUGUAAAUAUCCCUCAUCCUGAAGGGCGCUUGGACAUUUUAUUUUCUGUGUAGUUGUGUGGCUACAUUAAAUAUUCCAGCCUUUUUUCUCUUUCAUGUAAAUGCUCUAUAGUGAUGAACUUUACAGUCCCUUCAUCUUGAACCCUGAAAUGAUUACUGUUGUACUCAUUUAUCUGUGAUACAUAUGCUGGUAAUUAAAUUUGCUCUCCAUUUCCUAACAA